AUGUUCGAAUCACCGUUGGGCAGGAGCAUUGAGGUCUAUAUUGAUGAUAUGGUUGUAAAGAGUAGGGUGGUGUUUGAGCAUGUGGGCGAUCUUGUGAACAUUUUUGGAAUUCUAAGAAAGCAUAAGUUGCGCCUGAAUGCUUUUAAGUGUUCGUUUGGGGUAGGCUCGGGAAAGUUCUUGGGCUAUAUGGUUACUCAUAGGGGAAUUGAGUGGAAAGGAUUUGAAUGGACUGAGGAGUACGUUCUAGCCUUUCAACAGCUUAAAGAGUACCUAUCUUGGCCACCCAUCAUGUCCAGUCUCGAGGUGGACGAGGUUCUGUUUGCUUACCUGGCAGUAGCCUCUCACACGGGUUCCCCAUACUUCAUCUCAAAUAAUGGCCUUCAGUUUGAUAGCAAAGCCUUCAGGCAAUACUGUUCUGAUUUGGGAAUAAAGAAUAGGUAUUCCACUCCAGCCUAUUCGCAAGGAAAUGGGCAAGCUGAAACUAUCAACAAGGUUAUAGUGAAUGGACUUAAAAAGAGUCUGAACUUGAUUGAAGAGCGAAGGGAGAAUGCAAUGGUUCAACUGGCUUACUACCAGCAUAAGCUUAAGCAAGGUUAUGAUACCAAUGUAAAGCUGAGGCCAUUGGCUGUAAGAGAUCUGGUAUUGAGGAAAGUUUUGGGAACCACCAAGAAUCCAGCCUAG